AUGCAAGGCCAAGGGAGAAGCAACGGCGACUGCCUUCGCUUCGCCUUGGGCAAUUUCGCGGUCCGUGACCCAGCAGCGGCGCUCAAUUCGCCAAAAGGGGAACAAGCGAGUCUUUGCAAGUCCGACCGAAUGUUGGGCUCUCCCUGCAGCAAGAUCCAAUCGACUGUUGAUGAGUCGGCUGCCAAAGUGGCACGACGCUCUCCGUCGUGUCAAAGCCCACAUGCGAUUCCAGAUAUCGCUUCUCAGAUCCGUUCCGUAUCGAACGGCGUUGGCCUGCUCUCGCUUGCCUUGCAGUCCACCAACUUUGUCGCUUCGCUUUCAUGGUAG